CAACUUUUCUUCUUUUUCUCUAUCAAUUUUCAUCUUAUUCUUGUCAAAAAUCAUGACUAGAAAGAAGGUGAAGCUUGCUUUCAUUGAGAAUGAUACUGCAAGGAAAACAACUUACAAUAAAAGGAAGAAGGGUUUAUUGAAGAAGGUCAAUGAAAUAUCAACCCUUUGCGGUAUAGAAGCUUGUGGGAUUAUUUAUGGCCCAUACGAUCCUCAACCUGAGAUCUGGCCAUCGCCGUCAGGAGUUGAAAAGGUGCUUACGAAAUUCAAGACAGCGCCUGAGUUUGAUCAAAGCAGAAGGAUGGUGGAUCAAGAGAGUUUUCUGAAACAAAGAAUUGGGAAGGCUGAAAAGCAGCUUAGAAGGCAAUGGGCAGAUAACAAAGAGAUAGAGACAACCAUGCUGAUGUUUCAGUGUCUCAAUGCUGGGAAGGUCGUGCAGAGCGAUAUGUCGAUGGAUAAUUUGAAUGAUCUUUCUUGCAUGAUUGAUCAUCAUUUGAGGAAGAUUGGUAGAAGGAUUGAAUCAGGUGAUAGUGAAAAUAUUAUUCAGCAAAAUGAAAGUGAAAGUCAAGUUAUGGCUGCUCAAAGCCAAGUCCAACUCCCCACGGCACCGCCACUGCUGCCACCAUCACCGCCGCCACUCCCAACCGCACCUGAUAAUGAUCAAAUUGAAAUGAUGAGUAGGUUGGGAUGGCUAUGA